AUUUCAUGUUUAUAGCUCAAUCUCUCUGCCACUUCUUUGACCUCAGCAGCCUGGGUCUCCUGACAGCGAUCAGUGUGGAGCGGUGCGUCUCCGUCCUCUUCCCAAUCUGGUACCGCUGCCGCCGCCCAAAGCACUUGUCCGGCAUUGUGAGUGGGCUGCUCUGGGCUUGUGCCGGAUUUUUCACUUCCUACUUGUAUCUUAACCUUAUAUUCG